AUGGGUGGAUUAAUGAGAUUUGGUGAAUUAGAAGAACAAUUUGCUCAGAUUUCAGACACUACAAUUGAAGACAAGAUCCCAUUUCUUCAAAUGCUUCAAUGCAUGGACCCAACUUCUUUUACAACAACAGAACCAAACCAGAUUCUCCAAUCACUUCUUCAGAUCCAAACCCUAGAACCAGAGAGCUGUCUCACUCUUGAAACCAUCAAAAGAGAUCCGGGUCAAACAGACGACCCGGUAAAAGAUCCAAGAACAGAGAGCGGAGCAGCAACAACGUUCAAAGAAAAACGAAAAAGGAAACGAACAAGAGCUCCAAAGAACAAAGAUGAAGUAGAAAACCAGAGGAUGACUCACAUUGCCGUUGAACGUAAUCGGAGACGACAAAUGAACGAACACUUAAACUCACUCCGAUCUCUCAUGCCUCCUUCGUUUCUUCAACGGGGUGAUCAAGCAUCUAUAGUAGGAGGUGCAAUAGAUUUCAUCAAGGAACUCGAACAGCUUUUGCAAUCUCUAGAAGCUGAGAAACAGAACGAAGGAGGAACUAAUGAGAAUCCGAAAACGGCGUCGUCCUCUACAUCUUCGUCUCGUGCAUGCACCAACUCCUCAGUUUCUAGCGUCUCAACUACAUCGGAAGAUGGAUUCACGGCGAGAUACGGCGGUGGAGAGACGGCUGAAGUGGAAGCUACGGUGAUACAGAAUCAUGUGAGCUUGAAGACAGAAGAUGGUUGUAAGUUAGGAUCAGCUGAUGAGAUAGCGAAAGCAGUUCAUGAGAUCUUUGAGCAAAUCGACGGUGAAAUUUUAUGGUCAAAUCAUAGUCCAAUUUAG